AAAGAAAAAGUAGACUACGUGGCAAGUUCUAGUGAAGUGGUGCUCACUUCUUGCUUCUUGUGGCUGUCCGAACUCUCCUUCAAGAACCUCCCCACUUCCCAGUUCUUACAUACGACAGCAUAUAUGUAUAUGGCAAGUACAAGUAACCCAAGUGUGUCACUGCCUGAACUCCCUCAAAGAUUUGUAAGAAAGAUUUCAUUUUCAACAUCUUUUGAUAAAACCCAUGUUUUUAGAAAGUCAAGAAAUGUUGUGAGGCCAAGAAUUGUUGAUGGGUGUGAAGCAAAUUUUAGGUUGAGGUGUUCUGUUGCAGAUGUUGAUUCUACUAAAGAGAAAAACACUCCUGCCCAUGUUGAAGUUAAGACUUGUAUUUGGAAAUGGAAGGGUUAUUCGAUUCGCUAUCAGUGUGCUGGGAGCAGUGGACCAGCAUUGGUUUUAGUUCACGGGUUUGGAGCAAACAGUGAUCACUGGAGGAAAAAUAUACCGGUUCUUGCACAGUCACAGAGAGUAUAUGCAAUUGAUCUUAUUGGUUAUGGGUAUUCAGAGAAACCCAAUCCUAGUGAUUUUGGAAGUGACCCGUUCUAUACCUUUGAGACAUGGGGUGCACAAUUGAAUGAUUUUUGCACUGAUGUGGUUAAAGAUGAAGCAUUCUUCAUAUGCAAUUCUAUCGGAGGACUUGUUGGCCUUCAAGCAGCGAUUAUGGAGCCACGGAUCUGUAAAGGCAUUCUCCUGCUUAAUAUAUCUCUUCGAAUGCUUCAUAUAACUAAGCAGCCAUGGUUUGGAAGGCCUCUGAUUCGAGCAUUUCAGAAUCUCCUAAGAAAUACUGCAUUGGGAAAAUACUUCUUCAAAUCUGUUGCCACCCCAGAUUCUGUGAAGAAUAUCCUUUGCCAGUGUUACCAUGACACUUCUCAAGUGACAGACGAAUUAGUCCAGGCCAUACUUCUUCCUGGACUUGAGCCAGGUGCUGUGGACGUUUUUCUCGAGUUCAUCUGUUAUUCAGAUGGCCCUCUUCCUGAGGAGCUCCUGCCUCAAGUGAAGUGUCCUGUUCUGGUUGCAUGGGGUGACAAAGAUCCAUGGGAACCAAUCCAACUUGGAAGAGCCUAUGGAGAUUUUGAUACUGUCGAAGAUUUUGUUGUUCUACCUAAUGUUGGCCACUGCCCUCAGGAUGAAGCACCACAGCUUGUAAACCCACUUGUGGAGUCUUUCGUUGCUCGCCAUGCUACACCAACAUACUAGUUUUCCCUUGAAGGCUAUAUGUCCAAGGGAAGGUCAGUUCACUACUCGUCUCCAUUGACAAUGAACAUACAAGUUCCAUGUCAGAUCCGUGGAUUUUGGAAUUGACAGUGUACAUUUUUGCUGUGCAAUCAGAUGACUAAUACAUAGUUUCAGCAUGUUGCUACCUUUUUAUCAUGUAAAUGAAUCCAUUACUAUCACUUUGCUUUAGUAGUGCUACAGGUACUCACCCUUAACGCGUCCCUCUGUCUUGAACUUAUUUAUAUAUUGAAAUUCCAUGCAUGCAGAUUAAACUUUGCUAAUUUGGUAUCA